AUGGCCGACCGCAAAGGCGCAUACGGCGGCGCCCCAGCCAGCGACACAUCCUUCCGCAAAACUUGGGACCGCGAAGAAUACGCACAAAAAGCCCUCGACCGCGAAUCCCGCAUCAAAGAAGAAGGAAAAGCCAAAUACGAAGCGGCCAUUUCAGGAAAAAAAUACCACCGUCGCGCGUCCACACCACCCGACGCUCGAGACACGGAAGCACGACGAACACGACUAGAUGUUUCCGCACAGAUUGGCAAGACAAUGUUGGUGCCCGCGGGCUCUGCGGUGGGGAAACGAGGCAAGGGGGCGGGGUUUUGGUGUGAUGCGUGUGAUUUGACGUUUAAGGAUAAUUUGCAAUUUGUGGAGCAUUUGAACAGUAAGCAGCAUUUGUAUGCUACUGGGCAGAGUGGAGAAGUCAAGAGAGCUACGUUGGAAGAUGUGGUUGAGAGGUUGGAAUGGUUGAAGAGGAAGAGGGAAGAGGAGAAGGCGAAGGAGACUGUGGAUUUGGGGACGAGGUUGGAGGUUGCGAGGGAGGAGGAGGAAAAGGAGAGGGCGGAGAAGAGGAGGAGGAGGAAUGAGAAGAGAAGGAAGAACAAAGGUGGAGAGGAAGAGGUCAAGGUUGAGGUGGAGAAUGAUGGGGUUAUCUGUUGA